AUGGGUGGCCGACGGGUGUUUCUGGCUGUCAACCUGUUGAUCGUGGUGGUGAAUGUUGGCUUGGGGAUCCUGAUGAACCUGGCAGUCUUCACAAGAGGCUCCCUUAGGAACCAUUACUGGCUCACUCUCGCUACUGACCAGACCAACGUCUCUCUGUCGACGUCGCCGCUGGGUGCCGGCGGGGUGCUGCCUGCGGGGUUCGGAGUGCUGGACGCCACAGGGAACUACACCACCCACGCCUUUGUCUGGCCGGCGCAGGAGUGGGACACGGUCACUGCAGAGUCUCGCGUCUGUCUCGCCACUCAAACCUCCGUCGAGCGGCUCUUCUGGGUGGCGUGGCAAGCCGAGGCCUGGUCGGGACCCAUGUCCGUGUCUAUCUUCGUCCCGGGUUCUGAGUAUGCCGUGGCGGCCGCCAUGGUGUCCUACCUGAGACGCUGUUUUCCCAACGUACAAGAAAAGGUGUCCUUCCACUUAGUGCAUCCGAGGACGCGGCCACCCCGUCCAUCCCCUAAUCCUGAGUUGAUUCAUCUUAGCUGCGACUAUCCUCAGGAGUCGAACAUCCUACUGAUGCGUCUGAGGGACGAGGGAGAGCAGAAGGAACGCCGCUACCCGCAGAACCUAAUGAGGAACCUUGCCAGAAGGACGUGUCCCUGCGAGUAUUCCCUCACCAUCGACGUUGACAUGUUGACGCCGCCCUUCAUGUCAGAGAACCUCACCGGCUUCCUCCCCGGCGGGAUGGACGGAGCACCGUGCUGGAAGUGCGCCUACGUGGUCCCUGUGUACGAGCUGGACACCUCCGUCACUUACCCUCCAGACGAUAAGACUGAGCUCCUCAGACUCCUGCUAAAGGGCCUGGCUCAGCGCUUCCAUAUCAAGGUCUACGCCAGAAACCAAGGUAACUCCCAUCUGGAGAACUGGGAGGUGGAGCCUGCCAGGAGCACAGCGCCCCACUACACAGUCCUCUACAACAUCACCACCUACGAGGAGUUCUGGGAGCCCAUCCUGGUCCUUCCCUACACCGCGCCGCCCUUCGACGAACGCUUCAUCGGCUACGGCUUUACCAGGAACAGUCAGGUGUAUGAGCUACACUGCCGGGGCUACAAGUUCCAGGUGCUGGACCAGGCCUUCCUCACCCACCGAGGCUUCCAGACCACAGCCUCCUACACCCCCACACGCUUCGCUCAGAUUGAGAUCAACAAAGUGCGCUACCAGAUGUUCAAGAGGGAGGUCCACGCGCGUCUGGGCCUCGCCCCUCCUCCAGCCCUCAAGAGUCCGCCCCUCCGACAACAGAUCCCAGCCCUCAUAGCCCGCAGACCACGCUUCCGCCUCCCACCUCCCAGGAUCGUCGCCGUCCCCAGGAAACACCCUCCCACCCAGCCCAAGGACGUGAAGACUUGAAACCUCAGGAGUGGUGGGAGGAGCUUGAGAGAGGCGUAAAUUUGGAGGCUUAAGCGUUAGUGGAGGGGAAGCAUUAGAUGGGUAUUAUUAUUAUUAACAUCUUUAUUGACAAAUUCAAUUACAAUUUUGCCUAAUCUGAGGAUUUCGAUUAAGUCUUAUUAAAGUGAGGAUAAUGCUGGUAUUCACUGUCACGCAGGACAGAGGG